UCUUUCUCGGUCUACCCACUCUGGUCUCUCCCCUCCGCCUGCCUGCCUGCCUGCCUCGCCAGAGCCUUUUCGGUCUGACCUUCCCGGGCUCAUUUCAUCCAUAAAGAACAAGUCCACUCCAGAUCUCAGAAUGUCCAACUACAAGACCUCCUCUUCGUACAGCGUGAAGGCGUCUGCUGCACCAAGGAACUUCAGCAGCAGUUCCUAUGGCGGACCAAGCAGCGUCUCACGCAGAAGCUACAGUGUCAAGAGUUCAUAUGGAGGAGCCAACAGGGGCUUUGGAGGCGCUGGCAUCACCAGCUCCUCUGCCUAUGGCCUGAGCUCAAGCAUGGGUAGCGGAGGUAUGGGUAUGGGUAUGGGUAUGAGUGGAGGUAUGGGUAUGGGUACGGGUAUGGGCUACAGUGGUGGCAUGGUUUCUCAGGCCCCCAUCACCGCAGUGACUGUGAACAGGAGCCUGCUGACCCCCCUCAACCUCGAGAUUGACCCCAACAUCCAAAUCGUCCGCACCCACGAGAAGGACCAGAUCAAGGGCCUCAACAACCGCUUCGCCUCCUUCAUCGACAAGGUGCGCUUCCUGGAGCAGCAGAACAAAAUGCUGGAGACCAAGUGGAACCUGCUGCAGGGGCAGACCACCACCCGCUCCAACAUUGACGCCAUGUUCGAGGCCUACAUCUCCAACCUGCGCAGACAGCUGGACAGCCUGGGCAACGACAAGAUGAAGCUGGAGGCUGACCUGCACAACAUGCAGGGCCUGGUGGAGGACUUCAAGAACAAGUAUGAAGAUGAAAUCAACAAGCGCACAGAGUGUGAAAACGACUUUGUCCUCAUCAAGAAGGAUGUCGAUGAGGCCUACAUGAACAAGGUGGAGCUGGAGGCCAAGCUCGAGAGUCUGACAGAUGAGAUCAACUUCCUCCGGUCGAUCUAUGAGGAGGAACUGCGUGAGCUCCAGGGCCAGAUCAAGGACACUUCCGUCGUUGUGGAAAUGGACAACAGCCGCAACCUGGACAUGGACUCCAUUGUGGCUGAGGUCAAGGCACAGUAUGAAGACAUUGCCAACCGCAGCCGUGCCGAGGCAGAGAUGUGGUACAAGAGCAAGUAUGAGGAGAUGCAGACGUCCGCCAACAGAUACGGAGACGACCUGAGAGCAACCAGGACGGAGAUCGCAGACCUCAACCGCAUGAUUCAGAGACUGACAUCGGAAAUCGAUGCCGUCAAGGGACAGCGUGCCAACUUGGAGGCCCAGAUCGCCGAGGCUGAGGAGCGCGGUGAAAUGGCAGUGAAGGACGCCAAGGCCCGCAUCAGGGACCUGGAAGACGCCCUGCAGAGAGCCAAGCAGGACAUGGCCCGCCAGAUCAGAGAAUACCAGGACCUGAUGAACGUCAAGCUGGCCCUGGACAUUGAGAUCGCUACAUACAGGAAACUGCUGGAGGGCGAGGAGGACAGGCUGGUGAACGGCAUCAAGUCCGUCAACAUCUCCCAACAGAGCUCAAGCUACAGCAGCUUCCCCAUGGACAGCAUGAAGAGCAGCUACUCCAGCGGCUACUCCAGCGGUUAUGGCGGUGGAUACGGCGGCUUCAGCAGCGGCAGCGCUGGCGGCUUCAGCGGCGGCUACGGCAGCAGCGCCGGCGGCGGCUACGGCAGCGCCGGCGGCUACAGCAGCGGCAGCACUGGCGGCGGCUACAGCACCACCACCCAGAGCAAAAAGAAUGUUGUCAUCAAAAUGAUCGAGACCAAGGACGGCCGAGUGGUGUCCGAGUCCUCCGAGGUCAUCGAGGAUUGAGCUGUCGCUGUCGGUGUCGCUACCUGUCUGCUAAGAUUUCUGCCCCUCCGGUAGUUUUAUACUCUCAGUUCACCCCUCGCCCAAAGUAUCGUAACAACACGAGUCUGAAGUAAAACGCUUGCCAGCCACUCUCCAAUAGAGCCUAAACGCGUUUUUCCAUGAAGCAGCAAAACGAACACUACCAAAGAUCUGAAAGGGACCAAAGAAUUUAUGAUCUGAUGUCUGACUGUCUGUACUAAAAAGAGGUUUUGUUUUAGAAAGUGAGAUUGAAAAUAAAUACGGGCAAAUUGCAACUAUGAAAAAAAACAAAACCCUUCCUUGAAAUGCAAUGCAGCAAGAAGGGCUGUUACCUCCAAAACUGUGUUGCAUUCAAUGGACCGUGGCGUUGUCGGAAGGAAUGUGAAUGUACUAAAACAGUGCUUCAGUGUUGUUGGUUAACUAAUGUCUUAAAAUUGCCUGCUACAGUAGGUAGUGCAUGUCUUCCCUGUGCGUGUCCUGUAACUGAAACUGUCUGACCCCUUAGGAGGCUGCCCACUUCAUACUGUUGUCCUGAGGUGCUGUUUUUGCUACCAAAACAAAUAAACAUGUGUUUACUGAAAAAACAAAACAA